UCGAAUCCGUUCUCAGUCAGCAUUCACAUCGGAAGUUUAGCUCGGAAAAUAAAUCCGGUAAUUCAGAAUUUAGCAAUUUUUUGUUAGUUAUCUUUUUGUUUUUUGUUUUCACAUCGGAAGUGAAGUUUAGCUCGGAAAAUAAAUACAGUAAUUCAGAAUUUAGCAAUUUUUUGUUAGUUAUCUUUUGGUUUUUUGUUUUCACAUCGGAAGUGAAGUUUAGCUCGGAAAAUAAAUCCAGUAAUUCAGAAUUUAGCAACUUUUUUUUUAGUUUUGUGCAUAUAGUAAAAUGGAACGCGUCUCUGAAACCGGAUUGAAGCGAAUCUUCAAUGCCAUCACAGGAUGUUUUCGGAAGGAACGAGAGGAGGAAAAAUCUCAAACCGAAGCAGAAAAGGAUAAAAAAACGGCAGUGCAACAAACUCAAACCGGAGAAGAAAACAUCAUCGCCACUGACGAUUGGGUGGUAGAUUUUAUAACGUGCUACGGCCGCUGUCGUGCCCUAUGGGACAUCGGGUCUAGCGAAUAUCGCUCAUCCGAGCUUAAGGAGAAAGGCUACAAGGAGCUUUGGCAAAUACUGCGACAGUUCAAGGAAGACGCUACGCUGCGGGAUGUCAGAAGUAAAAUAUAUUCAUUGCGCUCGCACUACCGCAUCUACAGGUUGAGGGUGCUGAAAUCGCAGUAUCGUUAUAAGCCAACGUUGUAUUGGUUCACCCUCAUGUCCUUCUUGGACCCUGUUCUCAAAUUCGGGACAAAGGGAGGACCACGGCCCGACGACAGCAGCACCGACAACCGCAACGAGGAGGACACCGAUGAUAGUAGCGAGGAGGACACCGAUGGCAGUGACGACGACAGCCGUGACCAUGCCGACGGGAUCGAGGAAUCCGCCGACGAACCUGAGAGAAAGCGCAGCCGCAUAUAGACGCAUCAUUUAUAAUUAAUCAACAAUCUAAGUAAUAAGCCAAAUAAAUAAAAAACGAGAAGGAACGUGUGAGUCGCUUCUGGGGACGCGACUCUA